AUGGCCAACCCCGACGACAAGAAGCGCCAGGACGACCAAAAGCGUCAGCUCGUCAUCGUCUCCAACCGCCUCCCCCUGUCCCUGAAGAAACUCGACGGACACUACGAGUCGACUCUAUCCAGCGGAGGCCUCGUAACUGCGCUCUCAGGAAUCAGCAACUCCACCAACGUGCGCUGGUUCGGCUGGCCAGGCUUGAACAUCGAAGACCCCGAGGAACGCAACGAGGUCGCCGAGGCACUGGCUGAUAAAGACGCAGUGGGGGUAUUCCUCGACGAGGAGCUCGCGCAUAGGCAUUAUAAUGUGUUUUCCAACGGCAUCGCUUGGCCCAUCCUGCACUACCAAUCCGGCGUCGACUUCAAGGAAGACGCGUGGAAGGCCUACCAGCGCGUAAACGAGAUCUUUGCCGACUCGGUUGCCGACUCUGUGCAGAGUGGCGACUUGAUCUGGGUUCAUGACUACCAUCUCCUUCUCCUGCCGGCUUACCUGCGGGAUAGACUGGAGAGGCAGGGCAAGAAAUGCCCAAUUGGGUUUACCUUGCAUACGCCGUUUCCGGCGCAGGAUUUCUGGCGGGCACUUCCGGUGCAGAAGGACUUGUUAGCUGGGGUUCUGGCGUGUGAUUUGGUCGGGUUCCAUACGGAUGAGUAUAAGCGUAAUUUCGUCGAGUGCUGUUCGCGAGGACUGGAUGUUAAGGUUGACGGAGAUGAUAUUGAGUACGAGGGGCAUAAGGUGCAUACAGGGACGUUCAUCGUCGGGGUCGAUCCGCAUAAGUUUGAGACAGGACUGAUGGAUAAGGCUGUCCAAAAGCGGAUUGAGGAGCUGGAAGACGAGUAUAGGAGGAAGAUUGUCGUUCUGGGUGUUGAUCGCCUGGACUAUACGAAAGGCCUUAUUCAGAAACUGCAAGGAUAUAGCUAUUUCUUGCAAAAUCACCCUGAUUUGGCGCCUCGUGUGACGCUCAUCCAGGUGGCCAUUCCCAGCCGCGAGGACGUCAAGGAGUACCAGGAGCUGGAGAAGGAGCUGAGUAUGCUCGUGGGCCAGAUAAACGGCGAGCAUUCAACCCCCGAUGGAUCCCCGAUAAUCUAUCUCCACCACUCUGUCCCCUUCAACGACCUGGCAGCACUCUACCGCAUUGCCGACAUCUGCCUGAUCACAUCGCGCCGCGACGGUAUGAACCUCGUCGCUGCCGAGUACGUCGCCUGCCAAAAGGAUCGAUAUGGCGUUCUCGUUCUCUCUGAGUUUGCAGGCGCCGCGGCAUUCAUGGGCACGGGCAGCAUCACCUUCAACCCGUCUAGCGCGCAGCAGCUAUCAGAUUCCAUAUACCAAGCCGCGACGAUGGAUGUUGAGGAGAAAAAGAAGCGGUAUCUGGAGUUGGAGGAAUUCGUUGCCACAAACACUAGCGCGAAAUGGGGCGAAUCUUUUACUCAUACUCUUUCGGAAUAUGCAUAG